AUGACGGCGUGGCGUCCGGGGCCUCCACGGCACGAGGCCCCGCUGGUCGUCUACAGAGCAAACACGGCGACGCCGACACACCAGGGGGAGACGAACCUGCUCGGUGCAGUCGUGUACCGAGCACUCUCCCCGGAGCCGGCUCCGUACAAGACGGUGCAGGUCGCAACCCUGGCUGCCGCGCCGGCGCCGUCCACCACGGCACUAUCGAAGGAGUUCGAGCACAAGAUCAUCUUCGUGCCGGAUACCAAGCCGGCUCUACCCGCUGCAGCCUCGAGCUCGCCAUCUGGUGAGGCGGUAGCGGAGUCGUACGUGGGGCUGGCGCUGGCGUUCUCGAAGGAGAUUGCACACCAGGCUAGGCGGAGCUACGGGCCGAGCAGGAACGGGGUGAUGAUAGGGGAGAACGGCCACUUCGUCGUCAACGUUGCUUUCGACAACAAGCUCUUCUGCCAUAAAUUUACUAAUGGAGGUGCUUUGGAUGAAUGGCUUUGUCUGAUUCAGAAGCGCUAUGCCACUGGAAUGUCAACAUCUCUUAACAGCAUACAGAAUGCUCUGAGGGAUGCUCACGGGGCGACACAUUACUGUGUUGUUCAUGAUAAGAAUCGUUUUGAUACUGAUGAUCACUGUUCCUGUACCGUGCCUGUGGGUUUUUCUUGUAAUACACCUAAUACUACCAUGAUGAGGUUUUCCAACACCGUACGGCGGCUUACAAGAGGUAUAUAUAUGGGUAAAACCCUAGAAUCCGUCGAAGUCCCCUCAUCAUCGAACAUUGAAAUUGCUGUGGAACUGGAUAGCUUGCAACUUGGCUCAACCCCUAGGGCCACUGAAUUGGUCAAAUUUCAGGUCGGUUUCGUAAUGAACAGACAAACUAUAAUGGUUGACACAGAAAAUGAGGACUCAGUUUCAUCUGUAAUUCAACAGGCAAUGCUAAAGACAAGCUAUUGGCCAAAGGAUGUGUAUUACACAUCCUCUAUGGGUAUUCUGGACUUAAGAAAGACAAUGAAGGAAUCGCACCUAAGCAAAGGUUCACUUAUAUUUGUGAAUAUCAGAAACCGAGGGGGUGGAGAGCCUCCUGCUGAUUGCGAGUGGAUUUUGGAAAGACUGCUAAAAACUGAUAAAGUUCCACUACUGGAUCAUAUCCGUAGUGUGAAGGGGCAUGAUCCAUGGAUUAAAUGGUUUGAAAUGAUCAAAUUACCUAGAUCUCUGGUAAUACCAGGAGAGUGGGGAGGGGUUCUUUUGCAUGAUGAAGCCUCCAAACUUGCAAGGAUGUUGACCCUUUGUCUUGAAAGGUGUCAUGCUUCCGGACAUUGUUUUGGAGGAUUUAGUAUAAGUGAUGUUUAUUAUCUCGUGUCCUAUGGAAUAAUUGAGAUUAAUGCCCCCUGGAUAAACUUCUCAAGUGAUAGUUACAUUGAUGACUGGUUAUCAGUAAAGGAGAUCAUUGAUAAUCACUAUAGAUACGCUCACCAGGCCACAUAUAAGCAAGAAUAUCCGCUGUACCUGGAGAGCUAUGUAGGAAGGAUAUCGUGUCUUAGAAGAGAAGAUCCAUUGACUGGACGUUCUUGGAGGAACAGGGCUGUGCUUUUUCAAAACAUUUGUUUUGAGUCAUCAGAGAAGAGAGUUGAAAUCAUAGAGGGACUCGUUGGUUUUUUCCGGGAAAGGCAUUCAUCAGACAGAAAUAUGAUUGUUGAUGUGUUGGACAAUUGUGCUGUGUGGAAAUCAGAAGUGAGACAAGUGCCUCUUAUGAGAUCAGCCUUGGAAUUUGCUGUACUGAAUGAUCUAAAUGACUGGGUUCCUGCUAAUCAAUAUUUUGAGAUGUGUGGAUAUUCAUAUAUCUAUUUUUGCCGGUGCUUCUUUGUUCAUUAUACGAAGCCAGGAAAGAUCGACAGAAAGGAACUGGAUACUGCUAUAGGUAUACGCCUGCCGUAUCACCUCACAAGCGCUCAACAAAGACUAUUGGUGGAUUAUGAGUUGGAACAGGUGCAGUCAAACCGACCUGCUAUGCGCAUCUUGCUGUGGAGGUGCGUCGCUUCCAUUGGAAUCAGAUAGUUCCCCUGGCAGCAAGCUCAAGCUGUGGAGGUGUGUGAACAUCCCAAAGAUCAAUCAGGGGAACGCCAAGGACAUCAUACAUACAUAAUUACCAGAACUUGCCAUGCUGGCGAUCGAGGAGAACCGGAGAGAUGUGGCUGAUGAAAAUUCUGAUGUUUUUUUUUAAAAAAAAAUUGGUUGAUGACUUGACUUCUUGAUUUUGAGCUGGUUGCUUGUAGUUUCUGCUGCUCGUAGUAGCCAGACUGUGACUUGAGCUUUUGUGGUCCUUGUUCUUCAAACAAUGCAACUAUGCAAGCAAUUUAAAUUCCUAGGGCCAAUUGCAUAUAUGCCACUGACUUAGAAGCGGUAUUGUAGAUUUGCCAUUAUAAAACAUGUAACCGCAUGUUUGCCAUCAAAAACGAUGAGAGCACAGGA